UUACUCAAAAACCUUGUGUUCAGUGGCGCAGUAGGGAAAUCGAUUCGAUUUGGAAUUCCGCAUUUCAAUUGUCGAUUGUUCAGUAUCUGACCAGGUGAAGAAGCUAGUAAGAGUACUCUUGUUAAAGCAAUAAUCGGUGRCAAUAAUCUCUGUGUUCAUUGGCAAGAUAGCGAUGCUCGAUUCCAUCAUGUGUGGCUUCGUCACCACUGCCCGUGUGCCGCUUGUGUGGAUCCAAGCACCAGGCAGAAGUUUAUCGAUAUGGCGGACAUUCCCGAAUACAUUCGUCCAAAGCGAGUCGACGUUGCUUCAGAUACGUUACGCAUCACUUGGGAAGACGGGCAUAACACUUGUUAUCAUGGAUCUUGGUUGAAAGAGAAUGCAUAUGAUGGCUAUUCGAGAGAAGAGGUAAAGAAAGGUUAUGGCAGCAUAGCGCACGAAUCUGAAAUGCUCCUUUGGAACAAGGACAUAAUCGCUGCUAACCCGCCUCCUGAGUUCAACUAUAAAGAGCUCCAAGAAAAUGAUACUCUUGUCAGUGAAUCAUUAGAUGGUAUUUUGCGAUAUGGCUUUAUCUUUGUCAACCAAACCCCAACAAAUGAGGAAUCGAUAGCAAAUGUUUGUAAACGAAUCGGUGGCCUUGUCCAAGAAACGCAGUACGGUCGAAUAUAUAUACUGGAGAACAAGGAUUUGACACAUUCUGAUCUUUCCUAUUUGGGUUAUGCUCUCCAGGGUCAUACAGACCAGACGUACUUCGCUUCUCCUCCAGGCUUACAAGCAAUGCACUGCUCGUACCAUKAUGGAACUGGGGGAAUGAGUCUUCUAGUCGAUGGGUUUAUGGCAGCAAAAACCCUUUUUAAGGAAGAGCCAGAGGCGUUUCAAGUUCUAACCAGCACUCAAGUUACCUUUGAGUACGACAGUAAUUACCAUCACAUUUGUAGUCAUGGUCCUCUUCUAGAACUCGACCCCUUCACCAAGGAAUUGAAAAACCUACGCUACAACCUUUCGCGCAUUGGUCCGAUGGUCAACAAGGAUCUUACUUAUGAAGAGAUGGAGAAGUUCUACCAGGCUGUGAGGUUGUUCGGGUCGAUUGUUCGCCGCCCUGAGAAUGAGCUUUGGCACAAACUCACACCCGGUAAAGUCAUUGUUAUGGAUAAUCGACGCACGUUACACGGAAGAUCAGCAUCGAAAUAUCAC